AUGGACGUUGUAGGUUUAUGUCAAGUCAAGUCCACAAAUCCCGAUGCACUUUAUAUUGAACGUGGUGAUAUUAUAAAUGUUACAGAAAUAACAACAUCGGGGCUCUGGAAAGGUAAAAGUGCACAUGGGAGUGGACUCUUUUCUGUUCUUUCAACCACUCUUGAGCGUCCUCCACUGUAUCAAGGGAAAGUUCUCUAUGACUUUGUAAUGAAAAACAGUGAAUGUUUAUCCGUUCAUUCGAAUGAUUAUGUCACAGUAUGUGAAGAAGAUGGUGAAGAGGAUGGGUGGGUUUUCUGUAAAAUAGGAACGCGCUUUGGAUUUGUCCCAAAGAAGUACAUUGAACGGAUUGACUUUACUAAGAACAUUGGGAAGAAUCGAAUGCGAAUGACACAACAAGUCUCUGUCGCUUCACAUCUUCCAUCGCGCCUUCCAUGUAAAGUGAUAGGGAAAUAUGAGUAUGUUGCUUCCUAUGGGAAAGAUAUUAGUUUUCAUAAAGAUGAUGAAAUGGUGUGUUUAUCAGCGAGUGACAAUCGAUGGAUCUUAGUCAUUCAUCCUGAGUAUGGGAUAGGGUAUGUCCCUUUAUUAUAUGUCACUUGUGAUAAAAGCUUUCUUACUAUGGAAAUUCACAAAUUUGCUGUUGCCCUUUAUGACUUUGAAGGGGAGUCUCGAUUCCAUUUGAGUGCACAAGUGGGGGAUGUGAUGUAUGUAGAAUCUGUUAUUGGGUCAUGGGCUAUAGUACGAGUGAAUGAAACGAAAUACAUCUACCCGUAUUCCUUUUUACAUGUCUUCGAAGAUGAAAACGACCUCAAGAUAUCGGAAAGUCUUGGGUUUAUUCUCGAGAAGUUUACUCCAGUAAAUGAGAACGAAAUUGAAGUGAACAAAAAUGAUUUUGUAGUUAUUUUACUGAAAGAGACGAAUGGAUGGACACUAGUGAGGCAUGACAAUAAAGUGGGAUACGUCCCUACUGACUUCAUUGAAAAAAUAGAUGAAGGUGAUCGUUAUGCAAUGAUCACUUGUAAGAGUCAAUGUGAGGUAUUUGAAUAUGCAGAAAAAUUCAAAAAGACUGAGACGAGUACUGAAGAAACAGUGAAAGGACAAAUAGAAGAAAAAGAAAAGACUGAGGUACAAGAAGAACAACAAACAGAAGAAGACACGACGGUAUCAAAAGAAUCAAUUAAAGAAAUCGAGAGUGUUAUUAUAGAAGAGACUAAAGACCAAUUUGAGAGUAUCGAAAACAAUCAACAAGAAAAUACCGAACCCACCGAGUUAAAAGAAGAAGAACAAGGGACUCAAGAUGAAUCACCAAAAGAAGUCAUUCAAGAUGAAAAAAGUCAAAGUGAUGAAACAAAAGACACGACUGAUGUACAACUCACGGUGAAUACUCAACAACAAAUAACAAAAAAGAAAAUAGAAACAAGUGAAGGUGAUAUUUGGAUUGUAUUUAAAAAAAUCGAUGAAGAGACUUUUGUUGGGAAACGAGGACCACUUCUUGUAGUUCUUUUUUUGAACGACGUUGAGUUAAGAAAUUUGGAGAAACCGAUGAAUCCGGAGUAUGAAAAGGGGAGAAAACGAUUGGAAGACAAAGAACGUGAGUUUGAAGAGAACGUCAAACUUCACGACGAAAAGGAGAAAGAACGGAAAAGAGCGGAAGAAGGACAAAAGGCGGAAGAAGAACUCAAACAAAAGAAAGAAACUGAAAAAGCGUUUUUAAGACAGACCAUGCAACUCAAGAAACAACAAACGCGAGCAACUGGAUUCAGAAAAGAAGGGUUUAAACGACCAAAUGUUAUUGAUCCACAACAACUUGAAUUGACAAAGUCGUUAUAUGAAGAGAGUUUACUUGACAAAUCAAAUGAGAAAGUUUCGAGUGAUUUGACCAAAAUAGAACAAUUAAAAAUCGAGUUGAAGAAGGACCAUAUGAACAAAGAAAUUAUCGAAAAUGGCAUCAAAGAAAUCCUUGCACAAAAUGGAAAACUCAAGAAGAGAACUACUGACUUGGAAGAUGGCGGAAAAGCUAUUUUGAAAGUCAUCGAGACACUUAAAGAUGAAUUGAAAAAGACUCGAGAAGCAAAGGAAAGUAAACAAACGUUUGUACCUGUCGAUCCAACCAAUCAAAGCUCUACAACUACUACAGACAUCAUAACUACUCCAAAUACAGUGCAACCACAGACAAAAAGAUUUGUGGGGAGAACACGAACGGAUUCUGAAACAAACAGUCUUAGAGCACAAAUAGAAGAACUCAAAAAAGAGGUGGAGGAGCUCAAAAAGAAAGACCAAGCAAUUGUAAGUGUGGAGAAUCCCAAUUUAACAGUAGAUGGUGUUAAAGAAGAAGAAAUUGUCGUUCAAAACAAAGAAGUUAGUGAAGAUAAUGUCAAUGGAAUUUGCAAAGACAAUGUUAAAAUAACAGAAGAAGAAAAGAAAGACGAAACUAGAGAAGAUAGUAAAGAAACUAUAACUGAAGGUACCAGUGCAACUUUAGAAAAGGUCGAACAAAUUGUCGAUAACACUGUUGGAAUUGAACCAAGUAAUGAACAACCUAAUGUUCAACAAGAACAACAAAUCACUGAAACACCUUUUAAAGAUGAGCGCGACAACCAAAUUAAAACUUUGAUGGACGAGAACGAACAAUUGAAAAAAAUGAUAGAGGAACUUCAAAAGGUCCCACUAAAAGAAGAACAAGCAAAGGGAGGAAAUGACGACAAGAAAGUCGACACACAAGCAGAACCAUUAAAAUCAGUCACUGGACCAGGUUCAUUAAUUAGCAGUGAAAACACGUCUUUUAUAUCUUUCGAACCAUCAUCGGGUGAACAAAGCCAAGAUGAAGGAGCUUCUUCUGAUAUAGAACUCCUCAAGAAACAACUUUCUGAAGAGAAAUUGGAACACAAACAACUCAAACAAGAGUUCCAAAACUUCAAAAUGAAGAACGAGUCAAAGUCAUCACAAUUGCGAAGACAAACAGUUCCAGUCAAACCAAUUGAAGUCUCACCAAAUGUCACACAAGCGGAAUUGAUCGAAUUUGAACACAAAAUUGAAGAGAAGGUCAAAGCAAUUAAACAACAACUCUCGAAGAUCACAACACAAACAAACAAAUUGAGCAGACAGUCGAGUUUAACUAACAUCAAUUCACUUAAAACAGAAACAACGGAAAAGUUGGGUGUUUAUAAGGACCAACUCAAAGUUUUAGAGCGGAAGUUAUCGAUGAUGAGUAAGUCUCAGAAUUUCUAA